AUGACUAAUGACAAAAGUGGUAUUUGGGUCCUAGGCUACGGGUCCUUGAUUUACAAGCCUCCAUCUCACUAUACGCAUAGGAUACCGGCAAUAAUUCACGGUUUUGCCCGUCGGUUCUGGCAGAGUUCCACUGAUCAUAGAGGUACGCCCGCGAGCCCAGGGAGGGUGGCUACGCUAAUCCCGUAUGAGGAGAUUAUAAGCCAGGCUGCCUUCUUGAAGAAUGUGAAUUUAUAUAGCGAAAGCGCGCCUAUUCAGGGCCCAGACGACUUAGUCACCAUAGGGGUAGUGUAUUAUAUUCCGCCUGAACAUGCCGAAGAGGUGAGAGAAUAUUUGGACGUCAGAGAACAAAACGGGUACACUCUACAUGAAGUUGAGGUGCAUCUAGAAACUAAUCAGGAGCACGAGGCAGAAUUGGGUGAAGCAUUAAAGCAGUUGCCCCGCCACAACAAAACGGGUAAACGAGUACUGCUUACUACGGUUUAUAUUGGCACUGUCGACAAUGAGGCCUUCGUUGGACCAGAGACUGUGGAUGAAACUGCGAGGGUCAUUGCCUUGUCGCAUGGACCCAGUGGAUCUAACUAUGAAUACCUCGCAAAACUGCAGCAAGCGCUAGUGCAAAUGCCCUUGAUAAAAGAGCGAGGGCGCAUUACCGAUCAUUACCUGACUUCUCUAUUGGAAAGUGUUAAUAAAUACAAGUGA